AUGUUCUUCGCCAGUCCUUCCAUCCUGACCUCCUUACCCCAAAUUGAAGCUGCAAGGGAAGUCUUGAAAUAUUUAAUUCUACCAUCUCAUAGUCAAAGCCUCAUGGAAUUUCCCGGCAUAGGACUGCGAGAAUUCAAAUUGAUCGAACAUGCGGUAGGGGAGAUGGGCCGAAUCUCGAGGAAACCCAGGCUUUCUUAUGACUACAACAAACACCUACUCAUUGUCGACAUGCCCAGUAUCCUCCAUGAGAGGUUCUUUGAUCAUUUGAAGGACACCAUGGCUGCCUACUUUCUCUUCCUACCCUAUGAUUGCGAGCUCGUCUCCCCAUUCCUCUCUAUGAACUAUCCGCUGAAGCUGAGAGAUCAAUUAGUCAUGCCUGAUUUGACCAUGACCAUCACUGCGGUGGAGAACACUCCAAAAGUAGUCCUCAUUCCAUGCAUAGGUGAAUGUGCCAUGUCUGAGGACAGGGCACACGUCUUCACCAAAGUGGAGGAUGAAAUCAUUGCGCAUCCAGAAGCUGUAUUAGCAAUCAUAGUCAUUAUCCACGAAGCAAUCAACUACCAGGGUCCCAAAGACAUCUCAACCACAUCAAUUUCACUUCAUAACGGUCACGACAACCCCGAACCACUUCCUCUCGCCAAUUUUCUUAACUUAUGUUCUAUGCCACGAGGGUUCAACCAGCCAAUCAGGAUCACUGAUCACGACUGGGCUCAUUUGGCUUCUGUAGAAUAUUUCGUGUGGGUGAAAGGUGACAACCAGGCUCAAAUCGACGUGCAUAACACUAAUCCGCAGUUCAUGGCCCACGGCAUAAGUCACCGCGAUCAUCAUUGUGGUUUCGAAUCCAACUGA